AUGGAUUGUGCAUGGAAAUUAGGUGCCAGUGAUCGUGUGCGUUGUUUGCAAUCACAGCUAUUUCCCUACUGCGCUACGUUAGCAGCUAAAGCUGGUUUUCUUGGCAGCUUUCUGUCAAACAGUCUAAAGACAAACCAACUGGAAGUUAAUACCGACGCGCGAACCUUGCGCCCUGUUGCUCGACUGAAAGAACCUCGUGAUCUAUUCGCACUGCCUAAAGAAAGAGACUAUGACUGCCCUCAACAGGCUGCACGAUGGCCCACCGAAUGUCAGGUGUUGGACGAACGAAUCUAUCACAUAGAAUAUGCCCCGGAUCAGCCAGAGCCGUAUUAUCAGCCAACUGGCAAAGAGCUUCAACCAAGACCAGUUGGCGAGGAAAACGGCGUUGUCGUCUACAACUAUCAACCUAUAAGUGCCGUUCAUUACGGAUCGGAAGACAACACGUCUUCAAACAAUGAAUCUGGUAAGGAUUCAUCAAGCAGCAACAACAGUAAACGUAACAGUAGCCACAACAUCGCUAGCAAUAGUGAUUACGGCUCAUAUAAUGAUGAGCCCGAUUUUUGGAACGAAAUAAAUUUUUCUCUGCCUAGCAAUAAGAGCAAGAGUGGCAAUCCCAAAGCCCCUGCCGACAAUAAAUCGGAUUGCAGUGACAAUGACGAGGACGAGGGAACAGUUACGGAUGACGAAAGCAGCAAAAAUGUCGCGUCGUCAUCCGUGAAUCGACGUUGUCGCAGCUCUUCGAGCACGUCGUCCAUGGAGUCUAUCUACAACAGCGAGAUAGAGUCUUUGCAGUGUUACGACGGCGACGUUGACGAAGAUCACCUGCAAAAUAUGGACAAACAGUCAUGCACUUGUGUUAACUUAGUUGAUCGCAAGAUUUUUUGUAGUUGUAGAUUGUUAAAUUUAAGUCAAGUAGAAAAGAAAAGUAGUUGUAGUAAAAACGAUGAAAAACCUAAAAAAGCACGCAAAAAUUCUAAUUCAAAAAUAAAUACUAAUAAAACUGUUCCUCGUGUUCCGCGGCCACCCCGACAAUCCAACAAAUCGAAACGGAACUCCAUUCAACAACCGCAACCCGUGAAACAACAGUUUAGCAGAAGUGCCGUUGGCGGUAGUAAAUACCUGUUGUCAUGCCAUCCGACGCUGGAGCCUACAGACCUUAUUUUCGAAUCACGUUUUGAAUCAGGAAACUUAGCGAAGGCUGUGAAAAUCACCCCAACCUACUAUGAGCUCUACUUACGUCCUGACAUGUAUACCAAUCGACAUACGCAAUGGUUCUACUUUCGUGUCAAAAACACGAAGAAAGGUAUUGUCUAUAGAUUCUCGAUUAUAAAUUUAACGAAGCCGGAUAGCUUGUACAAAGAAGGAAUGCGACCUUUAAUGUACUCGAAUACCGAUGCAACGAACCGCAUGAUAGGAUGGCGACGAUGUGGAGAGAAUAUUGCAUAUUUUAGAAAUGAUGAUAAUGGAUAUUCAAUUAAUAGUUUUGCAUCAAAGUUUGUCAACGCCAAUGGCGAAGAAGAAGAAGAUGAUAAUCUAGCGAAUGUCUCAUUCACACUCACGUUCAACAUUGAGUUCGAACACGACAAUGACACAGUCUACUUUGCACACAGUUACCCCUAUACGUACUCCGACUUGCAGGAUUACUUGAUGGCGAUCCAACGACAUCCCGUAAAGUCCAAAUUUUGUAAGCUACGACUUUUGUGUCGAUCGUUGGCGGGUAACAACGUUUAUUAUUUGACUGUUACUGCACCAUCUGCCCCAGAAGAUGAGAAUCAAAAGAAAAAGAAAGCAAUUGUGAUAAGUGGUCGAGUGCAUGCCGGAGAAUCGCCCGCCAGUUGGAUGAUGAAAGGCUUCAUGGAUUUCAUAACGGGCGAUUCGUUUGUCGCGAAAAAGUUGCGUCACAAGUUCAUUUUUAAGCUAAUCCCGAUGCUGAAUCCUGACGGCGUGAUUGUCGGCAAUACGAGAAGUUCGUUGACGGGGGAUCUUAACAGGCAAUAUCGAACGGUAAUUAGGGAAACAUAUCCGUCCAUUUGGAAUACGAAGGCAAUGAUAAAAAGACUGAUGGAAGAUUGUGGCGUAGCGAUGUACUGUGACAUGCAUGCGCAUAGCCGGAAACACAACAUUUUCAUUUAUGGAUGCGAAAAUUUGAAGAGACAUCCGGAUCGACGACUCUUGGAACAAGUUUUUCCUUUGAUGUUGCACAAAAAUGUCGCUGAUAAGUUCUCAUUCGAAAACUGCAAAUUCAAAGUCCAGAAGAACAAAGAAGGCACCGGAAGAAUUGUUGUGUGGGUUUUGGGAGUGACAAACAGUUACACGUUAGAAGCAUCGUUCGCUGGAAGUACCAUGGGAAGUCGCAAUGGAACACAUUUCUCAACAGCGGACUUUGAGCAUAUCGGAAGAGCCUAUUGCGAAACAUUGAUGGACUACUACGACGAUAACCCAGUGAAACGAGAGUUUCGUCACUCCGUUCGCCGGAUCUUACGAAAACGCAUACAGGAUCAAAUCCUCCAAGAACAGAAGGAAAACAUCGAAAAAUCCGAACGGAAAAACUCGAAAAGCGAAACGAAUGCCGCCGACAGUAUUCUCAUGUCACCGGAAUUUCUCAAAAGUUUUUAUCACUCCCAUCACCGUCUAGAGAAGCGAAAUGAGAAAAUGAGGGAAUAUCGACGCAAGCGGGAGGAAAAGGCGGCGGCACAACGGACAUCAAGUAGCACGCCAGAGAUAUCCGAGGGGAGCGCUCGUAGCUCGAUCAGUACGGAAUCUGGGCGUAGACGAAGGGAUCGCGACGAAGGUGACACAAGUUCAACAAGUACGGAUGACGAAGGGAAAGAUCGCUUAUCGGAUUUGGAAGGGCCGUGUUGUCAACCGUUGAAAGUGCCUCCGUGUUCGCCCGUGCAUGAAGAGAAGCCCAAAAAGAAGGUGAAAAAGAAAACGACUGUGAAAGUGUCGACGUCAAGUGCAGGCGGCGGCGGCACAGGAGGCAAAAAGAAGAACAAAAGUGUCCGAACUUCCAUCUCGAUGCCAACCACAGAUCCGGGAAGUGACUUUUUCGAGCUCAGCACAGACGAGGAACUCACAGAUGUCGAUGGCGACGGAAAUAUCACGCGAGUUCGGAAUCGCAGUAAAGUCAGAGCAACUGAAGGCUAUAAAAAACUCGUCAUGUACGAAUCGCAAACAUCAACGACGCAACUUAUUAUGCCGCCAGAAUUGAUAAUUACCUCAGCAAAGGUCAUUGACGAUCAGCUACAAGAUGAAACUGAAGUCGGAAAAGAAACGGAAGACAUUCCACAGGAAAACAUUCCAAUAGAAGAGAAGGAAAAUUCGGUAGUGACGAAAAAUAUUCUGAAGGAAUUGACGCAACAACAGCCGAAAAAGGAGAAAAGUGAGACAAAAGUCUCAUUUUCACAAAAUAUAAUUAAAGAAUUUCCACCCAUGACUCAUCGAACUAAAUCCUGGCACAGCUUUAAUCGAUGUUUAUCAACAAUCAGGAUUCGGAAUCCAAAUGAUUAUCAAACUGCUGAAAAUUUGCAAUUAAAGUUGUCAUUAAAGAAACAAAUUUGGACUGGAAGUCAAUCGGUCGGCGUUUCAAAUGAUACAACAACAUUGGAUAUUUCUCGUCCUUUAUCAUGGGGAAGAGGACAAAUUAUUAAGCCAGUGCAGUAUGAUAGCAUGGCGCUAUUAACUGCCUGUUCAAAAAAGUUGGCAGAAUGGCAAGAAACUCAGGGAGAUGGCACACGCACUUCUACAAUUUCACAGCAACAACGAAGAAUGCUUGGCGGUGAUGGAGGAGUAGGAGGACGUUCCCCACAGAAAAGUCAAACACAGCCAAAUUUACAAUCAUCAUCAAUUACAACAACAACAACAAUAACUGCCUCAUCAAAGGAGAGAGGAGACACAAACACACAAUCCACGCAACUAGCCAAGAAAUUGUCGCCGGUGCUAAGUGACGGUGCCGCGAACGGCAUGUCGCGAAUUCGUCGCAAAACCAAAGCCAUUUGUCGCAUCGUCGAAACCGCCGACAUUUUGAGUCACUUGACGAAACGCGGAGAGACGAAAGCAUCACCGCCACACCGAACAAUUUUGACGCCCGUCAAGCAAACGACAACGACGACAAAAGACAAGCGUUUCAAGACAUCCGGUUUGGUUGCAACCGCAGUCCAAUCAGCACAAACUCGAAAGUCCCAUCAUGGCAACGGAAUACCGAAAAAAUCCAACCACCGCACAACAAAUAUUGCUCAACGACAACUCUCAUCCCACAUCUACAACACGGAAUCUAGCGAGGAAAAUAGUCGUAGUGUCAAAAUUGCAUUAAGAAAAACCAAAUCAUCGUCCAAUUGUAUGAAAAACAAAUUAGCUAAUGAACAAAACAACAAAAAGACAUCGUAAAGAGUAAU